GCACUUGGUCACACCUGCCAGGUAACUUAAGAGUCUUCCAGCGAGAAACAACCAAAAGUGAGGUCGCCUCUUAUUAUGAAAAGACAGAAUAUUGUUCUGGUGAAGUGACUAGGGUGACAAACACAGAUGCUGAUUGUUUAAACGUGGUUGUAACUCUCCCCCCCUUACAGGAAGAAAUCAACAAACGUGUCCAGUAUGGCCUCUAACAACAGGAGGAAGCUUUGUUAACUGUCAGACUCUUAACAGUGCAUCGGCUUAUUCAGAGGAGUUACAGAAUUAAAUAUAACAACACAAGAAUGUCUGGACAAGGUGGAUUUAGCUCAGAUUUACCUGAAGAGGUGACCUUCUUAGCUGUAGAUCCACAAACACUGGUCGGUAAAAAGCCACAGGAGAACGACAGUAAUGGGGAAAAGAGGGAGAUUAUAGACGAGGAGGGAGAAGACUUAAAGCAUGACGAGCAUGAAGAAGAAGACAUGACCAGCUCUGCUCUCCUGGAGCCGAGCACUCUGCCGUGGCCCGGAGACAGAGACGAGAGGCCUCAGAUGGACAAUGAUGAAGAUGAUGGUGAAACAGGGUCAGAAAAGAGAGUGUCAGAGCCUGACGAGAGGGACACAGGGAUCAGUGGAGGAAGUCAGGACCUGUCAGAGGAGCAGAGUCAGGCAGAGAGCGACAGAAAGAGUAAAUCAAAGUGGAGAGAAAGUAUGCCAGAGGGAGAGAGAUGGAGGGAUGAUGAGAUUGAGGUGCGCAGGGAUGACAAAGGGGACGGCUCACUGGCAGACGAUGAGCAUGAGGAGGAGGAGGAAGAGGAAGAUGACAUGAACUGGAUGCCAGAGAAAUCUGCUCUGGGUUUCACUCCACAUGUCACGAUUGUGCGUCCAUCCAGCAAAGAACUCCCUGAGGAGAGCCAGCUCUUCAUAGAGCGGGACAAUGGGAACGAACCGCAGAUGGAGACGGAGCCAGUGAUGCAGUUCCAACCAGAGUGGACAGAAGAGGACGACAAGUACUACCUGUGUGAGCACCUCUGCAGUGAGAAACUGAGGCUGGCUCUGGCGACGACGGCUGCAGCGAUUCUUUUCCCUCUGCUGGUGUGGGGAGGUUACGCCCUUCUGCCUUUUGACCCUCCAGUGCUCAGCAACCCCCCCCUCAGGGUGAUGUACACACUGCGCUGUGCUUUCUUCGCCACUAUCCCUAUCCUGCUUGGUGUGGUGGUGCAGGGCAUUGCCCGGCUGCGGUUCAGCAGCCUGAGGCCUCUCUAUCAGAGCAAACUGGUGAACAAAGAGGUGGCGGUGCACUGGCACUACGUCAACGAGUCGCUCACACUCUUCUUAUUCUACUUCCUGCAGCUCGCUGUCAUGGCGAGCUACAUCAGCCAGGACCUGGUCAAGCUGGUGCCGCUGCUCACCAUCAUAUUUGUUUUUGGCAGGCUGAUCUACUGGCUAUGCCUCUCCCUGGGUAGCACCAUCAGAGGCCUUGGCUUCGGCUUCUCUUUCAUCCCCAUACUGGUGAUGCUGGGAGCCAACUUGUAUUACAUCUGCUCGUCAGUGGGACAAGGGGCGGUGUUUGAUGUUGCCUCACCUACUACUGCUCCUCCUCCCAGACAGCGCUGGUGGGGUUAAACAGCAACAUAGAAAAGGGCUGUAAGGAGAAAGACAAAAAAGUCUAAUAUCAGAACUCCAAGGCAGACAGACACUCAGAUCACUUCUUUUGGAGUCUUUCAAGCUGAUAUUCAGUCCUUCAACAUGACAGCAGACACUUUAGUUCAACAUCAGUGAGCUCAACCGGGCUUCUAGUUCUGUCACUUCCUGUCAAUGCUAUUCAUGAUGGUGUCAAACAAACAGCCAAAGUGGACAGUGUAUAUAUUUAUUUUUACAUUUCUCAUAAAUAAGUGCAGUUACAGUGAAUUUGUCACAAUAAUAUCAGCUACAUUUUUCUCCUGGCAACACUUGUAAUCUGAAAGAUAAUUAAGUCUUUCUCUUUGUCAAAACUAGCAAAUUGGAACAUGAAAAAAAUCAUUUUUUUUUCUUUUAUAUCACCGAUGGAGAUCAUCGGGAAUAGGAAUAUCAUUUUGGACCUUUCUGUAACAGAUCAAACUAUGAUGGUUGGUUGCCUUCAUUUGAACAUUUGAAUUUAUUUCUCGUUCUCUUGAUUUGCACUUGUUUCUCCUCUUUGUUUAUACACUAAAGGCAAAAGUUUACUCAC